AUGAACGACGCGCGCUCCGCCGUCCGCCGCGCCGCGCUGGUAGGGCUGAAGAAGCUGGCCGAGCACGCCGCGCUGUGGCCGCUCCAGUGCAUCCAGGACCUCGUGCGGGCAGCUACGGAUAGCCAGGAUCAGGAGCAUACCAUGCUCUGCUUGCAGGUUAUGGAGAUCCUGGUGGAAUGCCCAGCGAUCUGCGCGGCAGCAGGGCAGCAAGCGAGCGCACUGCGUCAGUACUGCGCCGACGCAGCGCUCAGCGCGCACUUACCACAGGCCGCCACCGCGUGCGGCGUGCUCACGCGCAUCGUGCUCCACUGGACUGUUAUUCCGGGUGUCAAUCAUUAUUUAAAAGCCAAGCUCAGCGCGCACCUGCCGCAGGCCGCCACCGCGUGCGGCGUGCUCACGCGCAUCGUGCUCCACUGCUAUGAAGAAUCAUUACCAGUAGAUGGUUCUGAGCUGAUGCUGGCACUGGAGUCGCUGGUGAUAGCGACAGGCGUCGACAACGACCCGACCAACAUCAAGCCGCUGCGGAUUGCUCUUCGCUGUCUGGUAAAACUCUCCAUCGCCGAGCCAACGAUCUACGCGGCUCGCACGGCCACAGUACUAGGCAUACAGCUACAAGAGUGCGACUGGAAGCAAGGCGGACCGCGCAUAUUAGCGCUGCUUGAAGCGCUGGGAGCGCUGGGCGGGUCUACGUACUGUCCGCAUUCGAUCGCUCCAGCCAUGCCCGCGUUGCUGCAAACGCUUGAUGCAGCGCAGAAAGGCGAAGCACCAACGGACAGUUCCAACGACGGCACAGCACUAGUUCUGCUCUGUACAGUGCUUUUCCAAGAGCGAGCCGGUACAGCCCUGACGUACAAGAUCAAUUCUUCAUGGGAGCAGAAAAUACUUGACACCAUCCGAGGAGUAGAUGGCUGGACUAGAUACAGGGUGGCUAGGGCUGCAUUAAGAUACGGCCACCAGAACCUAGCAGCGGAUAUUUUAAAGAGGCUCGCAGAAGAGGCGCCGAGUGAGUCGGCGCAGCGCUGGCUCACGGCGCUGCACAGAGCUGCCUCCGCCGACGCUUUACUGCUGAAAGAAGGCAUAAGCGGGCUCGAAGCUGCCAGCUCCGGCUGGGAGGUCAGCAGCGGCUGGGGCGGCGCGGGCUGCGGCUGGGGCGCCGGCUGCGCGGCCGCUUGUGCCGGCUGCGGAGGCUGCGCCCCUCUGCCCGCUGCCGCUAUGGGGGCUAGGGCCCAGGCUCUAGCGGCCUUAGCAAGGGCUGCGGUCGCUGCGAGAGCUGCUUGCACCUCUAUGUUACCAAAAGUAGCGGGCUGCGGUUGGGGCGCCGGCUGCGCGGCCGCUUGUGUCGGCUGCGGCGGCUGCGCCCCUCUGCCCGCUGCCGCUAUGGGAGCUAGGGCGCAGGCUCUAGCGGCCUUAGCAAGGGCUGCGGUCGCCGCGAGAGCUGCUUGCACGCAGCCGCCGCCGGCGAUAGCUCAUGCUCACGCGCAGGCGGCGCGCGACCCAGCGGCCAAGGCGGGCGCGUGCGCGAGCGCGACGCGCAGGGCGGCGCGUGCUGUGAGCGCGGUGGCACAGCGCUAUGCAGCCAUCGCGCGCACUGCAUUCCACGCGGAUAAUACUACGCUAGCGCACCUUCAUAUGUAUCCUUUACUUAUUAUAACCACAACGGGGAAGCUUUGCCAUGAGCAGUCUGCUCAUCAUAUCUUGUGGGAGUUGCACAAUACACAUACGCUCAACUAG